AUGGGCCUUCUGCCUCCUCUACGUCCCGCCCCCCAGCAGCAGCAGCAGCAGCAGCUGCAGCAGCAGCAGCAACAGCAACAGCAGCAACAGCAGCAGCAGCAGCAGCAGCUGUGGUCAAUAGCGGCACCCGCAGCAGCAGCACCCGCAGCAGCAGCAGCAACAGCAACAGCAGCAGCAGCAGCAGGUACAGCGCCUGCAUCACCCGUUCUUUCUAUAGAAGCAGCAGGAGGAGCGGCAGCAGCAGCAGCAGGAGAGUCUGCUGCAGCGUCAUCCUCAGCCGCAGCCCCAGCAACCCCAGCAGCAGCAGCAGCAGCAGCAGCAGCAGGGGGAGGAGGUGCGUGCUUGCAGUGGGAUCGUUUAUGCAGCAAAGGAGACUGUCUCCGCGCGCUGCAGCUGCUGCUGUCUGAUAUCCUUGGAGUGCUGACGCUGCUGCGGCCGACUGGGAGCACAGCGCUGCCUCGAGGCGUUGCUGCUGCUGUUCGGAAGACAAGAGAUGCUGCUCUUGCUGCUCUAGGGUUUAAGGGGAGGCAGCAGACUGCUGCUCCUAACAGCAGCAGCAGCAGCAGCAGCAAUAUUGGCGAAGGGGACAGCAGCAGCGAGAAGGAGAACGAGAAAGUGGCUGCAGCACUUGCUGCAGCAGCAAGUGCAGCAGCAGCAGUAAUAGAGCAGCAUAACCCUCAGUUUGCAUAUCAUCAGUUCAGAGUUUUAUCUGCUUCUUCACUUGCUGCUCUCCUUCCUUAUGUCUGCUGUCAUUUAAAGGAGUUAAUAGAUGUGUUAGAAGAGCGAAAGCCUUUGCUGCGUCUGCUGCGCUCGCAGCAGGGACAAGGACUACCUGCAGCAGCAGCAGCAGCAGCAGCAGUUGCAGCGACGCCCGCUGCUGCUCCGGCUUCGGCUGCUGCGACUCAGGCUAACGCUACCACAGCUGCUGCUGCUUCUGCUGCUUCCGCUGCUUCUGCUGCUGCUGCUGCUGCUGCUGCGGGUGAGGGAGAGACAGACAAUCUGCUGCUGCUGCUGCAGGUGUUUCUUGCGUACUGCCCUGCGUCUAUGCUUGACUCUGUUUGUAAUAAACUUGCUGCAGCAUACGCACAGGCGCUGCUGCAGGGAGGGACGCAGCAGCAGCAGCAGCAGCAGCAGCAGGAAGGUGAACACGCUGCAGCAGCAGCAGCAGCAGCACACAAGACACUCAAAGCAGAACCUGCCUGCACUUCCGACAGCCUCGUGCCAGCAGCAGCAGCAGCAGCAGCAACAGUACCAGCUGCAGCACCAGCAGCAGCAGCAACAGCAGCAGCAGAACCUUUGGCUGUCUCUGUUGCUGCUUUAUUAGGCCAGCGCAGCUUUCUGCAGCGCUUAGCAGGAUGCGUCGAUUGGAGACACUUUACGCUGCCCCCAGCAGCAACAACGGAUGCUGCUGCUGCUGGCAGCAGCAGCAGCAACAGCAGCAGCUGCAGCAGCAGCAGCAGCAUAUGGGAACAGCGACAAACGCAGCCAGAAGCAGAUGCUGCUGCUGCUGCUGCUGCAGUCCGCAGCGCCUUCAGCAGCGCCGCCUGUCUCUACGAUGCUGAGGGUUUGCUGGUAGGUGGAGAGGGGCCCUCUGCUGCUGCUGCUGCUGCUGCUGCUGCUGCAGGGGAUGGAAAGAGACAGGCGCAGCGGCUGCUGCUGCCUGCUGCUGUCCUCUGCCCCACAGACAGCACUACUGAUGGGGAGACAGCGCAGGAGUUUGUAUUCGAGCUGCAGCAGCAGCAACAGCAGCAGCAGCAGCAGCAGCAGCAGUUUAAGCUCUCUUGCCUCAGCGCCCUGCAGACGCAAGACCCAGAAGCAGCAGCAGCAGCAACAACAGCAGCAGCAGCAGCAGCAAAGAGCAGUAUGGAAGGCAAUGAGGAUGCGUUUAUAUCUCCUACAGACGCAGGGACAGAGCUGCAAGAUAGCAGCAGCAGCAGCAGCAACAGCAGCAGCAUUCGCUUGUUGCGGGCUUUAGGCUCCUUAGAGCUGCCUUCGUUUCUGCUGCAGCAGCCCUCAGCUUAUACUUUCAGCGAGUCUCCUCUUGGUGUUCGGAGCUGCAGCAGCAACAGCGAGGAGACAGGAGCGGAGACAGCAGCAGUAGCAGCAGCAGCAGCAGCAGCAGCAGACAGUGGCCCGAUAGCAGCAGCAGCAGCAGCAACAGCAGCAGCAGCAGCAGCCAGGACGACUCUGCUGCAGGCUCUUUCUGAGGCCCCCGAAGAGUUUGGCGGUAUAUUUUCGCUAGCAAAAGGAGACAGUAGUUUGUGUGUCCCUGUGAAGAACGAGGCCCCAGCAGCAGCUGCUGCUGCUGGGGGCAUUGCUGCUGCUGCUUCUAAAGACAAGCGGGUUGUGCUGCUGGAAGAUAUAGGGGGUGAGGAGACAGCUGCUGCUCAGAGCUCUGCUGCUGAUGCUGCUUCUCGUAGGGCUACCCUUGUCUCCUUUCUUCUGUCUCUGCUGCCUGAUAGCGGCAGCUAUGCUGCGCUUGGAGGUGCUCCUGACUCGU